CGGGGAGAGAUACGCAAGCAGAAGGAAUCGCAGCUCAUCGAGGAGCUUGUGAAGCAGGAGCUUGAGGCGUCGUUGCAAGAAAAGAUUAAGUUCAGCUCCGAAUCGACCACGACACUCACGACAAGCACUACCUCCGAAAUGACGCAGGACGUGAAGCUGUCGAAGGAUCGAGCCACGGUCAAGUUCAAGGAGCACACGGAAACGCUGGUCGAAGAGAUCGUUACAACCGAGACGGUGCAAGAGAUCGAAAGGAUGCUGAUCCAUGAGAAGCUCGAUGUGUCCGACGUGGACAGUGUGAAGAACUCACUAGAGGUGAAUGAGAUUUUGACCAAUCUCAAGGCCAGCGAGUUUGGACCGGGUGAGGCCCCGCUGCGCGAGCUUGCCACCAUUGCCUUCAUGGUGAAGCACGGUGUUACCGUCACCGAGAUUACCAGCUUCUACCAGGCGAACCACUUUCCUGCCCUCCAGAAACCAGAGUCGCAGUCGGCUAUGGUACUGCUGCUAGAACGCGAAGGCUACGCCAAUAUCGUAACGGAGAUACUAACCGAGACCGACAUGGACGAGACACAAUUGGCAGCCACGGCCGGAUUCCGUGCCUUUAUGCGUAUGAUCGAGGUCAACCAUGCCAGCGUAGAGGAGAUCAUUGCCCAUUUCUCGCCCGACGAUUUCGUUGUGCAAGAAUGGAAAACGGAAACAGCUUAUGAGAAACACGAAGAAUCGCGCCUUAUCUCCUCCACCGAAGUCCGCACAACCGAAACCACCGUCCGAACUAUGAAGGAGCUAGACAUCAAAGGUUUGAAAUCCUAAUCUCACUUCCAACCCCUCCAAUAUGCACGUGUGCUCCCAAUGCUAUGUUUGUGUCUUCAACCGCCAACCUGAGUGCUCUGCCUGCUUGCCGUUCUCUUCUGCUUCUGCCCACCACAACCAAAUGUAUCCAUCUACUUCAAUCUUCUUCCUGCACAUAUCUAUUCCUGCUUCCAUUACCGCUUCCGAUGGACUACACCGUUAGCAGUGUGUGUUUAUAGAUUGUAGUUUUUAGCGCUAUUGUAAUGCGUGAUUUGCUUAAAAGCUGUUUAGUUUGGCUUUUCGAGAACUACGUAAAUGGGGAUGUACGGUGCAAACCGUGCAAAGCGUAUGGCCGCCAUCUAAUCAGUUUGCGAAAUAAAGAGAAUGAUACAUUUACACAUGUAUACAUUUUUAAUCCGCAAUUUCCAUUCGUUUCUGAACGUAUGGGUGUCUGCUGUAUUCAACAUGCCACUAAACCAACUGCUUUCUUUUAUAGCAUUUUAGAUGUAGGAUUUAUACCGCUUUCAGUUUGCAUAAACAAAUGCAGAAAAUAAACAAAUGCUUUAUCCA